AAAGAGUCAAGGAGGAAAAUUUGAAGGACCUCAUCUGCAAAACAUUAAAAUACGGAAAAAUAAUACGAACUUUUCGCGCCUUUGGUUUACUUUCGAAUUCUGCAGUCUCCAAUUCCAUAGGGUUCGAUCCAGAGACUGAAGAGUGCAACAAUGGUGGACGAAGAAGCUCGAAUCUCUGUUGUGAUCGAUCCUCUUGCUGCUUAUUCUGGUAUCUAUCUCUUUCCGAGCGCAUUUGGCACUUUUCCGGAUCCGUCGAAGCCACAUGGUAUUGGAACCGACCUUGACGCCAUCCACAACCACCUCAAAUCCAUGGUCUCAAGAAAUCCUAGUAAACUUAAAGAGCAGGCCAGAUCAAUUUUAGACGGUAACUCAAAUUUGAUGCAAUCUGAAGCUGCAACGUUUCUUGCGAACAAUGAGAAAAAGGAGGAAGCUACGGUGAAGGCAGAGGAAAACCCACAAGAAAGAAGGCCGGCCUUAAACCGUAAGCGGGCUAGGUUUUCUUUAGAAUCUGAUGCUAGACAACCUCCUGUGAGCUUGGAACCAAAAAUUGACAUUAAACAAUUGAAAGACCCAGAGGAGUUCUUUUUGGCCUACGAAAGGCUCGAAAAUGCCACAAGAGAAAUUCGAAAACAGACGGGAGCAGUUUUGAAGGACUUGAACCUACAAAAUCCAUCCACGAAUAUACGCCAUCGUAGACCAGGAAUUCUUGGGAGGUCUGUCAGGUACAAGCAUCAAUAUUCGUCAAUAAAAUCUGAAAAUGAUCAGAAUGUAGAACCCUCGCAAGUGACAUUUGAAUCAGGUAAUAUCAGUGUAUCAAUACCGGGCACAGAAAAAGAUUCAAGGCCUAUAAUUAACUCAGAAAAUAAAACUGAUGAAGAUGUAUCCUUUGAGGAUGAGGAGGGGGGGGGGGGGGGGGAGGAGUUCUUUGCUUCAAUAGCCAAGGUAGAGAACAAAGUGGAUAAAAUUUUGGAUGAAUUACUCUCUGCUAAUUGUGAAGAUCUAGAAGGCGAUCGAGCUAUCAACAUGUUACAGGAAAGCUUGCAGAUUAAACCCAUUAAUUUAGAGAAAUUAAACCUUCCAGAUUUAGAAGCCACUCGAACAGUGAAUUUGAAAUCUUCGACAGGCAAUCUGCCAAAGCGUAGUUUCAGUGUGGACAAUCAGUUACAAAUGUUAGAAACUCUGAAAUCUAAGCAGGAUGAUGAAAAUUCGGUUCUUUGUACGCCACCCUCAAUGAGAAGUCCACUGGCAUCAUUAUCAGCCCUGAAUGGACAAAUUUUGCUUUCAAAGUCAUCAUGUGUUCCAUUUUCAGCUCAGGACAUUGACCAAUCACCAGCAAGAAAUCCUUCCCUUUUUGAACUCAGUAAUCACUUGUCGGAUGCAGUUGGUAUUGCAGAGCAGUCAAGUGUUUCUAAAUUAAAGUCACUUUUAACCAAAGAUGGGGGGGCUGUAGCUAAUGGAAUCAAGUCGCCCAAAGUCCUUAUUGGAGAUGCUGAUUCCAUAUGUAAAAUAUCUUCGAGUAAUGUUUCAAAAGUAUACCAAGUUGGCGGCUUUGCUGCCUUAAGUGGAACUCAAGCUUGCAUGGAAGCUAAGGAUAUUAGUGGCAGCUGUGCAGAAGUGGAAGCAAAUGAGAAAUUGAGUUGUUUCGAAGCUCAAGAAGAUGCUGUGGCUAAUGCAACUAAUGCGUCCGAUGACGAGAUGGAAGAUCACGCAGGAUCAGCUUCUGAGCAACCAAGCACAUCCAAGGUGGAUAGGAUCAAAGGGUACCCGGUUGGAAUUCAGAGUCAGUUGGAUCAAUCAACUGCUACUUGUCCUGAAAAUAUUGUGGAUGGGCCGUUUCGGAGCAGUGGAACAGAUCACCUUGAUAAGGUCAAGCCCAAAUCUCGUGCAAGCAAAGAACGCAAAGGCAAAAAGAUUUGCGGGAGGCAAAGCCUUGCAGGGGCUGGAACAACGUGGCAAUGUGGGAUGAGAAGAAGUACCAGGUUCAAAACACGACCGUUGGAGUACUGGAAAGGUGAAAGGCUGUUGUAUGGACGCGUACAUGAGAGUAAGCCUGGCAACAGUAAUCGGAUUGAAGUAUGUGUCUCCAGCAAAAGGCAACGGCCAACCAACUCUGAAGGUGAAGUCUUUAGUCUCUGAUAAGUACAAAGAUCUCGUUGAGUUAGCAGCUCUCCACUGAGGGUCGUGUAGCUUUUUGGAUUUUGCAUGUAAAUAGAGCAUCUAGUCUUGCCUUAUACUAAACCAAAAAAUUGUACAUGGGCUUGGUCUGAAUAGAAUUCGUCCGUAUAGUUCGGUUCGGUGAUCGGUUUCGUUGAUUUUCGUUCCUUUUUCGAGUUGAGGGAUUUUAAUAUUCAGUCUCUUAAUUGAGGGGAUAUACCAAAUCCAAUUGGUUUGAGUGAUGGUUGUUUUGUGGAGGAUUAAUAUGUUGGUACAGCAUUUUCACACCACUACAGCACAAGAUCGAAAUAUGAAAUUUCUACCUUUCAUUU